AGUCUCUCUCUAUAACAGAGCGAGCUUUGAUCUUCCCAAUCAGUGAUCAUUUCAGAUGCAAACCAAAUCUCUCGAAUUAACUUCAUUUUUUCUGAAAGGUAUUUCAAUUUGAAUUCGCAGCAAAACUUACAGACGAAUCGAACUUUUGGAUUACAUCAGAAUGUGAUUAUCAAGAAUCAUAUCAAAGUUACGCAGUCAAUCAAGAAGAAUCAAGAACAUAAAACAGAGUAUUGAAGGACUAUUGUUCUCUUCGAAUGGAGGGCAUCGAAUCAAAAUCACAGUCACCAGGGCGGGAUAGUCAUAUUAUGGCAGAAAAUGUAGAAGGGUUCAAGCAACGUGUCAAAGAAAUCCUUGAUCUGAUCAAACAAGAUGAAAACUUUUCUGAAAUAACAGCCGAAAUUUACGAUUGCAAGAAGUCGAACUUGACAAAACUGGUAACCGAGUUAUCACGCAUGCAUGGGGAGUUGGCUGAUCAAAAUGUUAAUUUGAUUAAAGAAGUCAACAAGAACACGCAUAAAUUUACAACACCUAUCAAAACACAGCAAGUUGAUUCCAGUUCAACCUCUCCUCAAGUUACUGAAUCGAGUAAAAAACAUGAAUCCAAGACACCUAUCGGUUUUAAUUUUACUUUCUCAAGUGGAGGUGGUUUUCAAAUUUCUAGAAGCGAAGGCUCAGAAUCUUCUAUCUUAAAAUCAUCCAAUUCCGAUUCCGCAUCAGAAUCUAUCAUGUCUAUCAACAAGCGUCUAGUUUCACCAGUCGAUGACGAUGCAUUAAAGGUAAAAGAAACCAAAGUUAAUGACGCUGAAGAGUUAUUGAAAAAUAUUUCAGUUCUUGAAGAAGAACUGUCUACUUCGAACAAGAAGGUCCAGAGCUUAAAAGACGAAAACGCCCUUCUUGAAACCAAGGCUUGUGACACUGAGGAGUUAAAGAAAAAUAUUUCAGUUCUUGAAGAAGAACUGUCUACUUCGAACAAGAAGGUCCAGAGCUUAAAAGACGAAAACGCCCUUCUUGAAACCAAGGCUCGUGACACUGAGGAGUUAAAGAAAAAGAUUUCAGUUCUUGAAGAAGAACUGUCUACUUCGAACAAGAAGGUCCAGAGCUUAAAAGACGAAAACGCCCUUGUUGAAACCAUGGUUCAUGACACUGAGGAGGUAAUGAAAAAGAUUUCAGUUCUUGAAGAAGAGCUGUCUACUUCGAGCAAGAAGGCCCAGAGUUUAUUAGAAGACAAAAACGCCCUUCUUGAAGUUGAGAAAGCUAAGGUGGCUGAGCUUAAAGUUGAGAUCAGCGAGUCAACUCGUAGGAUUGAAACAAUGGCGAAAGUGAUAGAGGCCUACAGAACGCAAUUAUUAACAACAGACAAUGAAAUUUCAAAGCUAAAACAAGAGCUGUCUAGAAAAGAUAUUGACCAAACUCAGUUUUUAUCACUUGGUCAAACUAUAACCUCGUUACAGCAGCAAUUAGAUUCAAAGCAAUCCCGGAAUGAUGAACUGCAUGAGAAAGCUAUUAGAUUCACAGCUGAUAUAUCAGAGCGAGAUGAUGAAAUCAUAGAAUUGAGUACCAAGAUUAAUCAAAUGAGAACUGUUCAUGCAGCCGAAGAGGAUAAAUUGAAAACUGAUAUCGGAAGGUUGGAAACGGAAGUCAGAGAAAAGUGUGAGUUAGUUGAUGAUUUGAAUCGGAAGCAUGAUGCUGCUGUAAUGUCAUGUAGAGAUGAACUGAAAGUGAAAGUGGUGGAAUUGGAAAGAGAGGUGGAAGUGGUGUCGGAGGAGAAAAGGGAAGCGAUAAGGCAGCUGUCCUUCGCCGUGGAUCAUUACAUGUCUGCAUACAAACAACUUCAUCAAGACUUCGUUUCCAUCAAGCGGCGUUUUGUUUGA